CUUCCUUUCUAUCUGAACCAACAUGCCUAAAGGAAAGAAGGCCAAGGGGAAGAAGGUGGCACCUGCCCCUUUGGUGGCUAAGAAGCAUGAGGUCAAGAAGGUUGUGAACCCCCUCUUUGAGAAAAGGCCGAAGAACUUUGGCAUUGGUCAGGACAUCCAGCCCAAACGGGAUCUCACCCGGUUUGUGAAAUGGCCACGAUAUGUUCGUCUGCAGCGACAGCGGGCUAUCUUGUACAAGCGUCUGAAGGUUCCUCCUGCAAUCAACCAGUUCAACCAGGCUCUGGACCGCCAGACUGCUACCCAGCUGUUCAAGUUGGCUCACAAGUACAGGCCUGAGACCAAGCAGGAGAAGAAGCGCAGGCUGCUGGCUCGUGCUGAACAGAAGGCUGCAGGGAAGGGAGAUGCCCCAACUAAAAGGCCACCUGUCCUCCGUGCAGGUGUGAACACGGUCACAUCACUUGUAGAGAGCAAAAAGGCCCAGCUGGUUGUGAUCGCUCAUGAUGUCGACCCAAUUGAGCUGGUGGUGUUCCUGCCUGCUCUGUGCCGUAAGAUGGGUGUACCGUACUGCAUUGUCAAAGGAAAAGCCAGACUGGGUCGACUUGUACACAGGAAGACCUGCACCUCCGUCUGCUUCACACAGACCAACCCUGAGGACAGAGCUGCUCUUGCCAAGCUGGUAGAGGCCAUCAAGACCAACUACAAUGACAGAUACGAGGAGAUCCGACGUCACUGGGGUGGAAACAUCCUGGGCCCCAAGUCGACAGCUCGCAUCGCUAAACUUGAAAAGGCAAAGGCCAAGGAGCUGGCUACCAAACUGGGUUAAGCUCCUAGCACAGAUGUGUUUAUUAGUAAAACAAUAAAAAAUGAAAGAAA